UUUCUGGCGACGAGGAUGGCAGCGUUUUCGGCGACUCCUCCGAAACAGCUGAGAGACAAGCUCAUCAUGACCGACGGCUUAACGCUGACGGCGUUGGAGGCCAUAGCUGAAGCUGCAGACCGUGGAGCACAGCGGAGGAGCGUCCUGAAGGAGGCCUUCUCGCCGGCUGUCUCCGGACCGACUCCAGUGGUUGAAGUGGCCUACGCCAAGGAGACGCCAGCCAAGGUGGGACGAGGUGCGUGUGGCAUGUCCAGGACUCGGGCUGGGAAGUGUCAUGCCUGUGGUCGGGAGGGUCACUGGGCUCGUGAUGCUCACUGUCCGGCUCGAGAUAAGCGGUGUAACCUAUGUGAAGGUAUGGGACACUUCCGCAAGUGUUGUACGGCUAAGGAUCUUAAGGCUGUGAAGAAGAAGAAAAUGAAUGUUGUGCAGAUUCUGUCUCUUCAGCAGCAGGCUCCUGCAGACGGUCCCUGGUACGAGGUGCAGAUCGGCGGCCAGCCAGUAACCAUGAUGGUCGACACGGGAGCAGCCGUCAGCGUGAUUCCUGCGGACCUGUACCAGAGCAAGCUGUCGCACUUCAAGCUCAACCAACCGAAGGUGAGGCUCAGCGCCUACGGAGGCAAGUCUGUCACUGUCCGGGGUGUGAUCACUGUUCCUGUGACGUCAUCGUCUGGUCAGACUGCUCAAGCUGAUGUGUAUGUUGCCGAGGCGGGUAUGGCUCUGCUGGGUAGAGAUCUUCAGAGGAUGUUGCACAUCACUGUGAAGAAUGGUACCACUGUCUGUCUGGUUGACCAUGUCAAGCCCCUGCCUGCCAUCAGCGGUUUCGUGCACAAGGUGCAGCUGAAGCCGGACGUGACGCCGACGAGAGGCAAGCCCAGGACGUUGCCGUACUCGGUGCGGGACGAGGUGACGCAGCACCUGCUGGAGCUCGAGGCCCAGGGGAUCAUCGAGCGGGUGGAGACUCACUCUUCGCCCUGGCUGUCACCCGUCGUGGCAGUACGCAAGAAGACGGGCAAGUUGCGUGUCUGUCUGGAUCUGACAGAAUGUAACCGGGCUGUGGUGGCUAAGGGCAUCCUCUUCCUCACAUGCAGGAAAUGAUUGACCGCCUGCAGGGUGCAGCCAUGAUGUCCACGCUGGAUCUUCGCUCGGCAUACCACCAGCUGAUGCUGCACGAAGGAUCCAGGGAGCUAACAGCGUUCAUUCACGAAGGUCAGACGUGGCAGUAUGUGAGAUGUCCGUUUGGUCUCAAAUCACUCCCGCAAUGCUUUCAGAAGAUGAUGGAGAGCAUUCUCGCGGGUCUGAAGGGAGUUCAAGUGUACCUUGACGAUGUGAUUGUCUGGGGUAGCACUGAGGCUGAGCAUGACGACAGGCUGCAACAGGUGGUCCGGCGGAUGCACGAGAGGAAUGUGACUCUGAACUGGGGCAAGUGUAAGAUCCGAGUGUCUUCUGUCCAGUUCCUUGGCUUCACUGUCUCUGCGAGAGGCGUGUCUGUUUCGCAGGACCGGGUGCAGGGCCUGAAGGACAUGCAGCAGCCCUCGACGAAGAAGAAGCUGCAGUCGGUGCUGGGGAUUCUCGGCUUCUACUCGAAGUUCGUGAAGAACUUCAGCAGCCGCGUGGAGCCGCUGCGCCGUCAGCUGCGGAAGGACGCGCCGGCGUUCAAGUGGACAGAGGAGAUGACGGCCGCUCUGGAUGACGUCAGAGAUGCCAUCCUGAACUCCGAUCUGCUCGCCAUCUUCGAUCCAGCUCUGGAGACGUGUGUCACCACCGACGCCAGCGACGUCGGCAUCGGUGCGGUACUGACACAACUGCAUCCUGAAGGUGAGCGAGUCGUGGCCUUCGCUUCGUGUACGUUGUCAUCAGCCCAACGGCGCUACAGCGUAACUGAACGUGAGGCUCUCGCGUGUGUCUGGGCGUGCGAGAAAUGGC